GCUGAUGAGCCUAUAGAACAGCAUAUCAUUGCAUGGGAUUUACAUUGGUUUCCGGUGUGCUAUUCACAGAUAGAGCGAAGAGCACAUUUUAAAAAUUAGAACGGCUAUUUACGAAAAAUAAUCGACUUUGAAUCGUAUUUAUUGCUCAGCUGAUCAGAUAAGGGUUCUAAAACAAAGCGCACAAAUGUCGGAAGAUUUGGUGAAACAGUUGAGCAGCUACAAAGCUCAGCUACAGCAAGUAGAAGUUGCCUUAUCAACCGAUCAAGAUAAUGAAGACCUCCUGAAACUUCAGAAGGACUUGCAGGAAGUCAUCGAUCUGACUACAGAUCUCCUGUCUUCGCAACCCGCUGAUGGCGCUUCCAGCACCAGCGGCUCAGAGUCGGUGCCAGUGAAGAAAAGCUGGAAAGUGGGUGAACGAUGUUUGGCAAUGUGGAGCCGGGAUGGCCAGGUGUAUGAAGCUGAGAUUGAGGAGAUAGACCGAGAGAAUGGCACUGCGGCCGUUACGUUCACAGAGUACGGGAAUGCUGAAGUGAUUCCUCUGCAGAACCUCAAAGUCGUGGAGGAAGGGAAACGUUCUGAGGAUGACGGCGGUUUAAAGUCAAAGUCAAGAAAAGAGCAAAUAGCAGAGCAGCGGGAGUAUAAGAAGAAGAAAGCUCAGAAAAAAGUACAGAGGAUGAAGGAGCUGGAGCAAGAGAGGGAGGAGCAGAAGUCUAAGUGGCAACAGUUCAACAACAAAGCUUACUCAAAGAACAAGAAAGGACAGGUAAAGAGAAGCAUAUUUGCAUCACCAGAAAGUGUAAACGGAAAGGUGGGAGUGGGAACAUGUGGCAUUGCAGACAAACCUAUGACCCAGUAUAAUGACACAUCUAAAUACAAUGUCAGACAUCUGAUGCCACAAUGACCUCGCACACUCUGUACAUAAUAAUCCACUGUAUACUAGUUGUAUUGGUGCUUUUUGUUGUGUUUCUACAUGAUUAAAGUCCCUCGUAUAAUGAAAGCUUUUAAAGGAACUGGUUGGACACCGGUGUUUAAAGUAUUGCUGUAGUUUUCUUGUAUAUUACAUAGACUCAACUAAAAGAUUCACAUGAGAGAUUUUUCCACCACUGGAACAAAGCCUCCUGUUGCGUAAGAACGUAUGUUAUGGAAAAAAACUGUGGAGUUUGCUGUUUGUACUUAUUUUUGAGGUAAAAUCUCCUCUAAGAUUUGUUGAUUUGGAGUGUACAUUUGAUGCUGGAUUGUUCAAUUCUCAUCAAUAACAAUAAUAUCUGAUUAUUAAUUAUGUUGAGAAUUUGGAUUGACUAACUUGGCAUUUUAAUUUCUGUACAUAUAUAUAAAAGCGUAAAAUAAACGUUAUGAUCUGUUUUUUUUUUUCUUUUCUUUUCUAAAGGUCCUAUUGUUUUUUUUCCUCGUUGUAGUAUAGUGACUGUCGACCCUGCAGAUGGCAGCAGAGACUUUUACACUCAAACAAUACAAUUACGCUAAAACGUGAAGCCUUUUUGGAGAUGCCCAACAAAAACAAAGACCUGACUUCAGUUGAGCAGUAAACAUGCAGCAUGAUUUAAAAUUGCUGGCAAAGGUACAUUUAGAAACUUAGAACAUCAUUAAAAUAAGUCUUUUCUAUUGGACAACUGUCGAGUCAGCAGGCUUGCCUGUGUUUAUGUAGGCCAUAUCAACUCUGUACUUAAAAUAAACCUUUGUUUAAAUUAAGCUUGAUGUAAUUUUCCGAGAAACAGAAUGUUGGGCUUUUAUUUAUUGUCUUUAUCACAAUUAAUAGAAAUAAAUGCUUGAAAUAUA